CGAUGGUACUCCCAACCCAACGAGAAGCUGGACACUAUCCUCCUUGACGGCCAUGAGGUGAAGACACUAUCACAGCUUGUGGAUAAAACCGAGAUAUUUCGAAUUCUAUACUGUGGGAUGAUCGAUAGAUGUGUCCGACUCCACAUCCUUCACAUAUGGACGAGUGACCGAGCACAUCAUCUUCCGCGAUUCAUGAAACUAUACUAUCCAGCCUUCCAUAUCUCUGGAUCAGCACAUUUACACGCAUCAUAUCAACGUUGUCUUUUCCAUGAUGGGUUAUCAGACGAGGAACAGGCAGAAUUCUACCACAAUGGUUUAAAAUGUAUUCAUUUUCUCUGCGAAGCGGGUCAAUGGGAGGAGAAUAUCCGCAGUCAGCAUGCAACGGUGACUGUAGAAGACUACGAGACAGCAGAAUUUCUGGGCUUCAGGGAAAGCCUCACCGAGGGUUACGAGGCUGAUAAGACUAUUGAGAUGAUCGGAGGGUACUUGCGUAAAGUAGAGCAAUAUAUUGGCGACCUACGCAGGAUAUUUCCCGACGAUACAGAUGACCCCGAUAUCGCACCAUGAGCAUUUCCUUCCAUACUCUUUCACCGGAGGUACAAAAACGAGUACGGUUUGAUGAAGAAGAUUCAAGGGCUCUGCCCUGUCACUCAUCCAUCUCAUCCUUGCGAUUUCCCCAGGCCUCCUUUCAGGGUUGCGUCACCUAUAUUUAUGGAAUUGGAUCACGAGCGCGCAAUGAUUUGCGCGUGUAUACUUUGAACAGUUGUUGUAUGUUAGUGAGUUGUCGAAUAUAUGUCCGGUCCUGGUUGUGAUCCGCCGAGGACAGGAGAUAUAUGCGAGG